UUUUCACUCGAGUGUAAGAAAAUAUGCAAAAAGACGAAGAAAAAAUGAAAAUGGAAGCGAAUUUGGGCAAAAAGCAACACACGGCUACGUGCCAAGCAAAACAAAACCCCGAGAAUUGCCCACAGAGAAAGCUGGGAAAAAUCUGUCAAAGUGCAUGACAGUUAAUAUGGGAACAUUCUACGCCAGACGCUCGAACGGAUCAGAACGGAGCACCCAAACGGAAAAGUUAUAGAUUUAUUAUUAAAUGAAUUAAGAAUAAUGCUGCCAAUUCCUAAGUGGAGACUAUUUUGGCUGCUGCUGGCGUUGGGCAUAUGUCUAACGCACUGUCUUCCCAGUUUGGAUAAUAAAAGUCAUGCAGAGGUUCAACAGCUGAUUGCUUGCCGGCAGCCCAAGGCUCCGGGUCUGUGUCGUGGACGUCAGCUGCGCUAUGCCUACAACAAGGAUACGGGCAACUGUGAGAGCUUCUACUACACGGGCUGUGCCUCCACGGAGAAUAAUUUCCUUACCUUCGAAGAGUGUCGCAGGGACUGCAUGCAACGCUUGCGCUACUGAAGCCCGAAUUGACUAGGAUUUACCCUUGCACGUUUCUGUUUAAUUAUAUAUUUAUUGCUAUAACGAA